CCGCGCCGGCCGCUCGUGUGUCGCGCCGCGCUGCCGCCGCGCUCCGCCGCGCCGCCGCUGUGCCAUGCGCUCGCCGCGCGCGCCGCGCGUGCCGCGUCCGCCGCGCCGAGCCGGCGUCGCACGCGCCCCUACGCCCGUCUAGCUCGCCGCUCACUUAACAUGUUGCCAGUGUUGUGAUACCGGUCACAGGUGAGCAUUUUUCAAGUGAAACUUUCAAGUUUUGAUGUGAAAUCGAUUGAACUUUACUUCGACGAGAUCGAUAUUUGUUGAUGAAAAUCAUCUCGGACGUCUAAGCAACGGGUGGCAGUAACAUUAGAGAAUGACGUCAUCGGUGCGCAAAUAGUGUCAGUGAGUGCGAGUGGGUGCGGGGCGAUGUGGCGGGCGCGCGCGUAGCCUCGCGCGGCAUGGAGGAGGACGAGAGGAGGCUCUCGUUCCCGCCGCCGGCGCCGCUCAACUCGCCGGGCGAGGAGAUCGACGGCUCGCGGCUGCUGGGCGAGAUCGUGCGCACACUAGAGGCCACUAAUCCAGAGGCGGCCGCGCCGCUUGUGGCCUCGCAGUCGAGAGAUGCGCUGCACGUGGAGAGUGAGAAGCCGCGGCGGGAGGAGCUGCGGAUUCCGCUGGAGGGCGUCACGUUCGCGAGUGAAACCGUCGCGGGCGGCGGAGACCGCGAUGGGCCGCGCGCCGCAGUCACGCCGUUCACGCGCGAGUCGGCGCGCCGUGCGGGCUCGCGCGGGGCGCAGCUGGUGCGCGAGUUCGGCUUCAUGCCGCGCCGCCGCCUCAGCGUGGAGGACGGCGCGCGCCUGCCGCGCAAGUACGAGCCCUUCCCUCCCAAGCUCUACGGAAGACCGCUCGAGGAAAUCGACAACUUUAUUUACGAUGAGACUUUCUGCGUGGUGUCGAAGCGUUUCCGAAAGAACUAUAUACACCGGUUCACGGCCACCAGGUCGCUGUUCUGGUACUCCCCGUGGUCUCCAGUCCGAAGAGCUUGCGUCUACCUCUCCACCAACCAGUACUUCGAUUACUUCGUCAUGGCUACCAUACUGCUCAACUGUGUCUUCCUCGCCAUGUCGGAGACUAUCGAAGAGGCUGAGUACAUUUUCCUGGCGAUCUACACGGCGGAGAUGAUAAUUAAGUGUAUAGCUAAGGGUUUCAUAUUAAAUAAGUACACAUACCUGCGGAAUCCGUGGAAUUGGUUGGAUUUCGUCGUCAUCACGUCAGGGUACGCCACCAUCGGCAUGGAGGUGGGCAACCUGGCUGGUCUUCGGACCUUUAGAGUGCUAAGAGCAUUGAAGACUGUUUCUAUAAUGCCGGGUCUAAAAACCAUCAUCAACGCGCUGCUGCACUCGUUCAAGCAGCUCGCGGAGGUAAUGACGCUGACCAUCUUCUGCCUGAUGGUGUUCGCGCUGUUCGCGCUGCAGGUCUACAUGGGGGAGCUCCGGAACAAGUGCGUGAAGAACCUCGUCAUCCCACCUGGAGAGAACUUCACGGAUGAGGCGUGGUCGGCGUGGAUUCAAGAGCCAUCAAACUGGAUGGUGAACGCGGAGGAGGUGCCUAUAAUCUGCGGCAACCUGACGGGGGCCCGGCAUUGCCCCCCAGAGUGGACCUGCCUCUGUGUGGGCCCCAACCCCAACCAUGGGUACACCAACUUCGACAACUUCCUAUGGUCCAUGCUCACCACAUUCCAGCUCAUCACCCUCGAUUAUUGGGAGAAUGUAUAUAAUAUGGUACUGUCAUCGUGCGGUCCGAUGUCAGUGUCAUUCUUCACAGUAGUGGUAUUCUUCGGAUCGUUCUACCUCAUCAACCUGAUGCUCGCCGUCGUGGCCCUCAGCUAUGAAGAGGAGUCGCAGAUCACACAGGAGGAAAGGAAGAAAGACCUGAAUGAGCAUCGCGACGAUUCCACGUUCAGCUUCGAUCCCACGUCGCUGGCGGUUCGGACUCUCGCCAAGGACUCGAGAAAGCGCAUAGACGCGCGGAAAGGCCUCCUACUGGCCUCUUAUUCACGGAAACGGACGAGAAGACGUAAAAGGGGCAGAAGUGCUAUUCAUCAUGCAGCCGCCGUCGCUGCUGUUGCUGAUGACGCGUGCAAGCGGUCCCGGUCGCGGUCUCGCUCGCGGUCCGUGACCCCGAGCGCGUCACCCCCGCCGCUGCCGGCGCCGCAGCCCCCGCCCCCGCCCCACACCCUGCACCCAGACAAUGCAUUAGGUCGAGGUGCUCUCAGUGCGGCGGGUCGUCAAUUAAGUGACCACAGUAACAACAGGGAGUCCUCCCUCGAUGACUCGGGUGUGGUGGAUGACCACGACGAUGGAGAGCAUACGUCAGACGACCAAGCACCACAUCCGCACCCCAGGAGACACCUACUGAUUCCCCAACUGCCACCGCCGCCAAACCACCCCCCCACACCGAUGCCAAUGCCGAUGCAGACCCCCAUGCAGAUGCCAAUGCCUAUGCAGAUGCCAAUGCCCAUGCCUACCCCCAUGCCCACACCGAUGAUGCCCAUGCCCAUGCCUCAAAUUCAACAGGUUUCCCAAGACAGCCAAACGCAAGAAUCGAAACACACACACGCAACAAAAAUUGAGAAGCCUGCUCUGAAACCAAAAAAGCCGACAAAGAGCAUACAGGACAAGUACCCGCUAAACCCGGACUACCUCAACCAGAUCGUCGUGCUAGGGGCGGACUGGCCAUACAAGCGCGCGCCCGACCUCCCGCAAGCGGAGACGACGAAAAUUAAUGAGCUCAGUUUAUUGGCAGCCACGCACAAAACUCAUAUGGGCAAUUACGAGCAAAAUUGCACUUACUUCACAGAUGAGCUCGUGGAUAGAAACUGUGAAUGUUGCGUGUCUUGCUGUAUAGACUAUGAAGGUUGGCUGCAGUUCCAGAACUGUUUGUAUGGGAUUGUGAAGGAUCCUUUGUUUGAGUUGUUCAUUACAACUUGUAUUGUCCUUAACACACUGUUCCUUGCACUGGAGCAUCAUGGGAUGAGUGAGAACGUUAGAUCGGCCUUAGAUAUAGGAAAUAAGGUGUUCACGUCGAUAUUUACAUUGGAAUGUAUAAUGAAAGUGAUGGCGAUGAGUAAAGACUUCUUUGCGUGCGGCUGGAACAUAUUCGACUUGAUUAUAGUCUCAGCAAGCCUUCUAGAUCUAAUAUUCGAGCUCGUCGAUGGCCUAUCUGUAUUGCGAGGUCUUCGUUUGUUACGAGUGUUAAAAUUAGCUCAAUCAUGGACUACAAUGAAAGUGUUAUUGAGUAUUAUAAUAUCGACAAUCGGUGCUCUUGGUAAUUUGACGUUCGUGUUAGUGAUAGUUAUAUACAUAUUUGCUGUGAUCGGUAUGCAGCUAUUCUCCAAGUCCUACACGCCGGAUAAGUUCGACCCGGAUCCUGUACCCAGGUGGAACUUCAACGACUUCUUCCACUCGUUCAUGAUGAUAUUCCGGAUACUUUGCGGCGAGUGGAUCGAGCCUCUGUGGGACUGUAUGCGCGCGGAGCAGGAGACAGGGGCAGAGAGUUGCUUCUUCAUAUUCUUGCCCGCACUCGUUAUGGGCAACUUUAUGGUGCUCAACCUCUUCCUUGCCUUGCUGCUCAACAGCUUCAAUAGUGAGGAACUUAAGAAUAAGAAGGAGGAAGUUGGUGAAGAUUCAAAAUUAGCUAAAAGUUUCGAUAGAAUACGUUCUAUAGUAAGAAAAAAAGGUUUCCUUAUAUCGAGAAGUAAAGAGACUGACAAAAAAUCUAAGUUAGAAGAGCUAGUUAACGAAUUUAUGACACAACAACGCGCUAUAAAGGAGAAGAAGGCGUCGAUACCGAGCGAGCAGAGGUUCUCAGCAUCCAUACAGGAGACCAUCCUGUUCCCGCACGACAAUAUUUAUAGUCAUAGUUAUCAAGAAGCAUUAAAUAGGCCAAUAUCAGUGGGUUCCGACUUCGCGUACCCACAUCUUUACCAAGCUACCAACAACUUUAACCACGGCAGUCAAGAAACUUUAAAAGACGUGCGUGACUUGGCGGCCGAACAUAAAAUCACUAGCAUUAGGGAAGAUUCCAAGGAAAAUCUUGAAGACACAUCGCCCACAGAACAAGUUGCCGUACAAAGGUUAUUGAACCAAGUAUCUUCUGGUUAUCACACGCAGCCAUCUGAUUCGAGAGAUGAGAACGAACAUUAUGAAAUGGCCCAAUUGUCGAGUAGGACAACGCCAGAAAAACCGAAGCGGCAACCCAGGGAACUACCGCCAUCGAACAACUUAAGUGGGAGAAAAAACUCACAGGGUCAAUAUAUUGAUGCGAUGGGAAACUUCCCCGGAUUUGGGAAACAGAAAGAGCCGAAAGUACCCGAAAAUUGUUUCCCUCGCCAAUGUUACGAUGCGAGUACUUGUUGGGAUGCAUGUAUUGAAACCAACUUGGGUCAGCGUUGGAUGUUUCUCCGGACCUAUAUCCUGCGGUAUGUAGACACUCCAGCCUUCGAGUGGUUCGUUUUGGUGCUCAUCUUUGCAUCAAGCAUCACGCUCUGCUUCGAAGACAUUCACCUCGAGAAAAACAAGCCGUUGAAGAAAAUUCUGUACUGGACCAACUUGGGGUUCUGUAUGAUCUUCAUCAUCGAGAUGUUUCUCAAGUGGAUCGCGUUGGGGUUCUUCAGAUAUUUCACCAGUUUCUGGACUCUAUUAGAUUUUACUAUAGUAUUUGUUUCAGUAUUCAGUUUGUUAAUAGAAGAAAACGAAAACUUAAAAGUGUUAAGGUCGUUAAGAACUUUACGUGCGUUGAGGCCAUUGCGAGCAAUAUCGCGAUGGCAGGGGAUGCGUAUCGUGGUGAACGCGUUAAUGUAUGCGAUACCCAGUAUCUUCAACGUAUUGUUAGUGUGUUUAGUGUUCUGGUUAAUAUUUUCUAUCAUGGGUGUUCAGUUUUUUGGUGGAAAAUUUUAUAAGUGCGUUGAUGAUGAAGGCGAAUUACUACCGUUAGAGAUAGUGAACGAUAAAUGGGAGUGUUAUUACAAUAAUUUCACUUGGAUCAAUUCGAAGAUAUCAUUCGACCACGUGGGGAUCGCCUACUUGGCAUUAUUUCAAGUGGCCACGUUCGAAGGUUGGAUGGAAGUGAUGGCCGAUGCUGUCGACGCACGAGGAGUUGAUCUGCAACCAGCGAGAGAAGCUAACAUCUACGCUUAUAUUUAUUUUGUCAUAUUCAUCGUUUGCGGUUCAUUCUUCACCCUUAAUCUGUUCAUAGGAGUAAUUAUAGAUAACUUUAAUAUGCUCAAGAAGAAGUACGAAGGCGGAGUUUUAGAAAUGUUCCUUACCGAGAGUCAGAAGCAUUACUAUACAGCAAUGAAGAAACUUGGUAGAAAAAAGCCCCAGAAAGUAAUAAAGAGGCCAAGGAAUCAGUUCUUAGCGAUGUUCUACGAUCUCUCGAAUUCUAGAAGAUUUGAGAUCGCCAUUUUCGUUUUAAUAUUCCUUAAUAUGCUCACUAUGGGCAUAGAACAUUAUGAUCAACCGCAUUCCGUUUUCUUUAUAUUAGAAGUUAGUAAUGCGUUUUUCACGACUGUGUUUGGUUUAGAAGCGAUAGUAAAAAUAGUAGGUCUUCGGUAUCACUACUUCACGGUACCAUGGAACGUGUUCGAUUUCCUGCUGGUGCUGGCGUCGAUCCUGGGCAUCUUGAUGGAGGACAUCAUGAUCGACCUUCCGAUCUCGCCAACCUUGCUGCGAGUCGUCCGAGUGUUCAGGAUAGGGAGAAUUUUAAGACUGAUUAAAGCCGCUAAGGGCAUUAGAAAACUACUGUUCGCGCUAGUAGUAUCGCUGCCCGCGCUAUUCAACAUCGGCGCGUUACUAGCUCUCAUCACCUUCAUAUACGCCAUCAUCGGCAUGUCCGUCUUCGGGCACGUCAAGGAGCAAGGGGCGCUCAACGACAUCGUCAACUUUCAAACAUUCGGGAGAAGUAUGCAGUUGCUUUUUCGUUUAAUGACAUCAGCCGGCUGGAACGACGUGUUAGAAUCACUUAUGAUUCAGCCCCCUGAAUGCGAGUUAGGCGAACAUCCCGGCCAGAAUGGCAACUGUGGGCCGCUCCUAGCCAUCACGUACUUCACUUCGUUUAUCAUCAUCAGUUACAUGAUCGUCAUCAACAUGUACAUCGCCAUCAUCCUCGAGAAUUUCAAUCAGGCGCAUCAAGAGGAAGAGAUUGGAAUCGUUGAAGAUGAUCUGGAGAUGUUCUAUAUACGGUGGUCAAAAUACGACCCGCACGCAACUCAAUUCAUAAGUUUCGCUCAACUAUCAGACUUUAUAGCUUCCUUAGACCCUCCGCUAGGCAUCUCAAAACCUAAUACAGUGGCUUUAGUCAGUUUUAAUCUGCCGAUAGCUAAAGGCAAUAAGAUUCACUGUUUAGAUAUACUCCAUGCCCUUGUUAAGCAUGUAUUGGGGCAUGUCGAAGAGACUGAUACGUUCAGGCAGCUUCAAGAACAGAUGGAUAUCAAGUUCAAGAAGCAGUUCCCUACGAGGAAAGAGCUGGAAAUCGUUUCCUCGACGAGGAUAUGGAAGAGAGAGGACAAGGCAGCCCGGACUAUCCAACGGGCGUGGAGAGAUUACGUAAAACGAAAAAAUCGCAGCCCCUCACAAGAAGAAGAGAGUACAAAGUGGUCACCUGGCGGGGGUUGGGGCGGGCGGCUGAGUGCUCUGCUGCACGUGCGGCGCGGUUCGCACGCGUCUAGUCGCAAGUCGUCGCGAGCGUCCGACGCGUCCGACAUCAGCGAGUUGGGCGGCGCCUGGCUCAACCUGCCGCUGCUACUGCUGCCGGGGGCCGCGCCCGGGGAACAACCGAGUGGUUCUGAGUCAGCGCCGCCUCGAAGGCGCUCGGCCUACGGAUUGCCAAUCUUCCUGCGGCAUCAGGACGCCAUGGACGAAGAGACCGGCCCGAAACGAGCAGGUUCCCUUCGGCUGAGCUCGCGGCGCAGCUCCAUGCGUCGCGUGACACCGCCGGCGCGCGCGCGCACUCCGUCGCCGCACGCCAACAGCGAGGUCAGCAUCCUUGUGACGGAGGCGUCCCCUGACGCGGCCCCGGUGGCCACGACCGCGCCCCCCGCGCCACUCACCCCGACCGCGCCCCCCGCGCCCCCGCCUACACUGGUGCGUGUGCUGGUGCACCGAGAGUCGGACGAGCGCCCCAGCUGAUCUCCGACUCCCGAGCUCGAGCCCCGAGCUCCUCCCCCGGACGUUCCCCCAUCGAACGGCCCCGAUUGACUUUCCAUCCGGCAGUGUUCCGGCGAAAAUUGUGAUUUUUAAAUUUUAAUUAGCCCCGCUCGCGGAUGUCAUUAUGGUGGAUACGUUGAGAUAGAUGACCUCGUUUCCCUAAACCUAG